AGUACGAGGUAGUAAACAAAAAUGCAGUCUCUUUGGCCAUCCUUCAUUUCGCGGCAGUCCAUUGAUAAAUUUCGUUGUGAAUGGUUGGAAUUGUGUUCUUGCUAGUGUUAAGAUUUGUACAGUAGAACAAGUCAAUAAAUAUUUCUUCAGUUUUGGUUCAACUAUCGAGAAACAGUACUCAAUUUAAAAACUUCAUUGCACAAACAAUUUAACUGAAGUAAAAUAAAUUGCAACGAAGGAAGAAAUCUUUAGUUGUGAAAAUGAGUAAUCCUUUGAACGAAAUUUGCGAAAUGCUAGAUACUUACACGGGACGGGAUAAGAUCGUAAGGACACUGUGUUAUACCGCCAAACUAGCCUCGGGAUUGUCGUCGUCUAGGGAUCCCGAAUUAUCUAAAAAGUUGGCUAUAUUCAGUUCCAAAAUGUCACAGACGCGAGCAACGUUGCGACUGCUGGACGAUCUCCCUAUGAUCAGCUACUCUCUCAACUAUGGGCUUGGGAACAAGGAACCCGACCGCAUAAUCGGCCUCAUAGGUUUCGUCACCAACAUUAUCGACCAUGUGUACUAUCCGGUGGACAAGAUCUGUUGGAUGGUGGAACAUAAGAUACUCAAUGUGGAAAACCCGACCAAAUGGGAUGCUGCAAGUUCAAUGCUUUGGCUUACCUCCAUCUACCUGAACCUGAUGAAAACCGCCCGGAACUAUACCGUCAUGGAACAACACAAAUUACACAUGAAUAAAACGGAAAACGAAACCAGUCAAUCAUACAAAACGCUAAUGCAGAAGCAACGCAUGGAGUUAAUCUCGAUUGUUCGACUAUCGUUGGAUUUGGUGCAUGCUGGUAGCACACUACCGAAGGGACUACUCUGGGGAGGCAAGUUCGAAUCCUGGCAGGUCGGUCUAAUAGGAACCGUCUCGUCCUUCAUCGGUCUGUAUCAGUAUUUUGCGAAGAAAAGGAUUGUAAGCCAAAGUUCCUAGUGUUCCGUUGUUAGAGUAAAAUUAUGAGUUAGCUCACAAACGUGUCUUCAAAAGACACCGGGACAAUCAAAAUCAAACGAAAAAGUGCUACUGAGUAAAACUAUUUUAUCGACAAGUUCAUCAAAACUUGUUUGUAAGACAAACUGGGUUGAGGGAAAAAAAUGUUAUUUCUAGACUUACCUGUAGAUAGAAAAUAAUAAAUCGAAAUUCUAGUCA